GCGGCGGCGGCGAGGAUGGCGGCGGAGAACCACUGCGAUUUCCCGGGCCCCCCGGCCGGCGGCCCGGGAGGCCCGGGCGGGCCCUGCCGCCGGUGCGGCUCGGCGCCGCCCCCCGGCGCCGUGCCCGGCAAGUGGGUCCGGCUGAACGUGGGAGGCACCUGCUUCCUGACCACUCGGCAGACGCUCUGCAGGGACCCCAAGUCCUUCCUCUUCCGUCUCUGCCAGGCCGACCCCGACCUGGACUCGGACAAGGAUGAAACAGGUGCCUAUUUAAUAGACAGAGACCCGACCUACUUUGGGCCAGUGCUGAACUAUCUCAGACAUGGGAAACUGGUUAUUAACAAGGACCUAGCUGAGGAAGGUGUACUGGAAGAGGCUGAAUUCUACAAUAUCACAUCACUAAUAAAACUGGUAAAGGACAAAAUAAGAGAAAGAGACAGCAAAAUCUCACAGGUGCCAGUCAAACACGUGUACAGGGUGCUGCAGUGCCAGGAAGAGGAACUCACUCAAAUGGUCUCCACAAUGUCUGAUGGCUGGAAAUUUGAACAGCUUGUCAGUAUAGGUUCCCAGUAUGGCUGUGGCCGGGCCCAGCAGUCAGAGUAUCUCCUGAUAGUGUCACGGGAAGUGAAAGGGGAAGAGAGAUGCUUCCAGAAAUGCUGCAGUGAGCUGGUCAGUAUUGGUUCUUCCUAUAACUAUGGCAAUGAAGAUCAGGCUGAAUUUCUGUGUGUUGUCUCGAAGGAAUUGCAUAACACUCCCUAUGGCACAACCAGUGAACCCAGUGAAAAAGCAAAGAGUGAAGAUGAAGAAACGGAUUACGAUAUGAAUGACUCAGAUUAAGUGUAAAUGUCAUGGUGAGCACUAGCUGCCCUAGGAUUUUACCCAGAUGCUUUUCUGCCCCAUCCAAUUCCUGCCCCCACUAGUGCUGUCCUUUGGCUAGUCCUGGUGGUGUAUUUGUUUGUGGUUAUAGUUGUGGCAUGGUUAGCAAAAACAGAAUACAUGUUCUGGAUGUUGCUUCUUUGACAGAGUAAUCAAUGUUGCUGUUAUCAGCUGUACUAUGAUCCAUACCUUUAAAGUUAUGCUGAGAAGAAAAGUGCUUCAUAUAGGUUCUAGGGGGAAAUACUAUAGGAUCAAAAUUGGUUUUGAUUUAUAUUUUCCUUGCACCACCUUUUCUGUCAAUUACUUUUUAUGUGUAGGGGUGUCUCAUACAAACUUGGAGUAUAAAUUUUCAGCAAAUGUCUGAUGUGGCAAUAAAUUAACAAACUUAACUGAAGUGCAGUGUAGUCAACAGAUCUGAUAAUUUUGAAAUUAAUAAUUUUUUAUUCAAGACCUGGCAAAUACAGGCACAUGAUGUAAUCUUAGUGCUACAGUUGUCUUUAUCACAGGAAACAACUCUCUCCACAGAAGGGUCAGGUCCUUUCUACUGCAGUUUGACAUCUUACUGAAGAUCAAGGUACUUUACAGGUCACAUCAGGAAUCUGUAUAUAUCAAAGAUGCUUGCAAUUGCAUGAGAUUGAGCUCCAGCUUCUCAUCUACACAGCUGAAUAUUUUAGCUGUAAAGCAGCCUUAUACUUCUCUGUGAAGUGUUGCUUCCACACAGCUGAAGAAGAUACAUUACAGCUGGUUGAAACUAGGUAAUCUUUAAGGUCCCUUCCAACACAAACCAUUCUAUUAUCCUAUGAUUAUUAUCUUUCCUGAUGCUAACAGAAACUACUGCUGAGGUAGAAUGAGGUCUUUUGCUAAGCCUUCUGGAAUGGUUGCAAGGAAUGGAUCAAAUCUGAAGCUUUACUGAAAAAAGUAAAUUGAUCCUUUGAUGGAAUUGAAUGCAAGCUUUCUCAGCUGCCUGAGAGACAGAAAGUCUCUUAAGAUGUUAUUCUGUCUGCAGCAGAUUUAUUCUGAGUGGAAGGAACUAUCACACUUGGGCCCUUAGGAUCAGAGAGUUUAUUCAACAUUGCUGAGAGUUUUUAAGUCAACUUUGGAUCUGCUGCAUCUGGAUGAAAAACAACAGAAGCAUGGAAAGCAGGAAAAUUCUGAAGACAACAGAUCUAAAGUAUAAGUUCAGAGGAGCGUUAUCUAUGAAGGUCUCUGUUUAGCUAAUAGCGUGUUUUCACAUGAAAUCUUCUUCAGUGCCUGGUUCUGCUCAAGAUAUAUUCCACAAUCCUAGCCACUGGCAGUUUAAGAAAAGACCUGGCCUAACUGUUUUCAAAUUUUAGUUACCUCUGUUAGUGUUGAGACAUCUUCUCUCAGCAUUUUUGCACAGGAAGUGACUAAAAUUUUCAGGAAGUCUCAUUAAAGUUUUAUUUUCAUGAAAAAAGGAGGAGUUUCGGAUUGCAGAAUAGAAUCGGUCAUUCUUUCAGUAAUUAGUAAUUCCAAUUUUGAUAGAAUUCCUGAUAAUUGAAAUUCAAUAUUCUCUUUUCCUCUUUGGACAAAGUCACUGUUCAUGGCUAUAGAAGAUCCUCUUUCACCCAAUUUCUAAACAGAGGUGGAUGGAACACUUCCCUUGAGAGCUUGCUGAUGAGAAGUCAUUUCCUCUUUAGUAAAGUUAGGGGUUGCAGAAAAAGUACCAAGUAAAAUGUGUUGUUAUAUUGCCUGAGCUGAUGGAAUUUUCUAUUUUAUGUUGGAUUUACUGGCUCAGCAGUGUGCCAAGUUCAACAUCUAGAUCAGGCUUAGCUUGUCUUAUUUGUAUGUGCUCUUGAAGUUACAGAAAGUAAUUCUAACUCUGUUAAUCUUAAAAGCAUUUUUUUAUCUUUUAGGAAAGAAUAAACUCAAAUGUUGCAUUUCAGAUGGGAAACAUUCACAAAAUUCAUUGAUCCAGUAAUAUUUUCUAACUCCACAGGUGCUUGUUUCAGCCAUGUUUUUGCCUCUCUUGGCACUUACUUGCUACUUUUGAUGGGUUAGACUGUUAUCCACUAUGUGGACUUCUGCCCCAAUACCUUAUUCUCAGCAGUGACCGACUCCAAAUACUUGAGGAAAGAGAUUAAGCGUGAAGCAUUUAUCAGAAUAACUCGUGAUGUAUUUCCCCAGCUUCUGGUAAGGAGCAGGUUAGAAAUUUUGGCUUCAAACCUGCAUCCAGAUCAUUACAUCAAAUAGGUAUCAUUGGCACUAUAUUCUGUAAGUUUGUCUAAUCCCUUUUGAAUGUAUUAGUACUAGCUACUGAGCAAUUUUCAAGGCCUGUCUUUUCCGUGCAGAAUGCAACUGUAUCUUUCCGACAUCUUAAUAUGAAAAGUUUUUUGCUUAGUACACAUAGUAGAUUCCUCCUCAUGAAAUAUGCAGUGUUUGCAUUUAAAAUAUACCUUAAAACACAUUAUAGCCCAUCAGAGAUAUCCUGUAUUUUGGAAAUUUAUCAAAGUACCUGCAAUGUCACUUCAUUUCCUAACUUGUAAAUAAUAGUAAGUCUGACUUUGAAAUGAAACAGAACUUUGUAACCACAAAGUGAGAUCCAGGUACUGCAGGCAUUUCAGGGAGCAAGUGAUAAAGUGGAUUUUUUUUAAGUUAACUCUGAACUGUCCUUGAGAGCAUACAAAUGGUGGAGUCUUUAUGAACUCCAGUCCUUAAAAAAUUCCAUGGCAUUGUGCAAAGCAGGUGAGACCCUACUUGACUAUAGCCACUGUGAAUGACGUAUUAGGCUUAAUGACUGAUAAGAGGCUGAUAUGGUAAAUUAUCAACAUUUUAACAAUAUUAAAAAGAAACCAAACACCUAGACUUUUUCAUUUAAAACCAAACAUGAAACUGGCAUGCUCUGUUAAUUUUUGGUGUGACAAUUUUUACCCGACAGGCACAAAGAUCGUGCGUGCUGUCAAAUUCUGUGAAUCCUCUGGGGGUAGAAUGUGCUACGGAGUGCUACUAGCAUGAGGUGUUUGUCAUAAUAUGAGAUUAAAUUGAAAUCGUCAUAGAAAGAAAUUCUGCAUUGAAGACAGCUAUGCCAUUUCCCAGGGACUGUGCCUUUGCUUUCUGCCAGGUUUUGAAGAGCUCUUAUCAGUACUUGGAAAACAACCAGAAAGUAAAAGAAAAUGAAUUAUUGUUAGAGAUAAUUUUACUUGCCGAUAAAGUACUUGUGCUAAGUACAUUUGAAGCUUUGCUUAGUCUUUUUUUUGGCCAUGGUCAUCACUGGUUCUACUGUUUGCUUGCAGGCUUCCCUAUGGGUACACUAAAGCAGCUUCAGAGCUGAUGUCAUUACUGCUGAUUGCAGUAUUCAGGUUAGAGUAGCAAUGUGAGAAACAUGGUGGCCUGGACAGUCAAUCCUAAGACAUGGAUCCUUUCUUCACUGGAGGUGCUGAAGAAAGUUGAAAAGGGGAAAAUAAAAAAUCAAAAUGAAAAUAGAAUACAUAGUCUUCGUGUUAUAGGAUGCUAUAUACAAGGUUUCCUAGGUUCUUCAGGGGCAGAUAUUUUGGUUUCAUUAGACUUCAUUCCCUAUAUUUAAUAUACACCUUUUAAAAUGUAUAUUAAACAAGUCAACUGCCUUUAGGGGAAAACCAAAUCAUUUUAUUCACUGUAAUGGGAAUCUCAGUUCCUUGGUAACAGUGGGAGAAGCAAAUUCCUUUAGACAGAAUUUUCGAGAAAUACAUUCCUUCUCAUGAAGUCAAAGGCUGCAACGCCUCUCAGCUGCCUGGCUUGGGUGAUUCAAAGGAUAAUGAUGGACAGGGUAGUGCAUGAAAAGUACAAUGUGCUAUGUCUUGUCUCUGCAGAAACAAUUUUUCUGUGGACUGGGAGGGAUGCUUAACAAACUUGUGAGAUCUUCCAUGAACAAAUAAUAUUAAUGUAAAAUUAUUUUAAAACUGUUGUCAAAGUAGGAUUUACUGUCCUAUAGGUGGUGAGUCCAACUGAUGAGCUUUGUAUAUCCGAACUCCACUGUACAAAACUAUUUACUAAAACUUUUUACUAUAAAGAAAUCUUGUUGGCUGAAUUUAGUUCAUGCUAAAGAUCAAGUCUGGACAUCUAUUUCAAAUGUCAGUUUAGUUCUUGUCAACUCAUACUCUUCGUCUUUGAAAGCUGAAUGCAUCAUCUCACUCAGUAUGACAUUUGUGCACAUUUUAGGUUGCUAACUCAUGUUGUCAAGGGAUACAAUUGCAGCUGAAAUUUGAGAGAGUUAAGGACAUUUACUGCAAUAGGAAAAAAUUAAGAUUAAAUCCUAAGUUUUAAAAUGUAUCUGGUUCAUUUACUAUAUGGGACCUAAGUAUCUUUAGAACAAGGAUGAAAUAAAAUGGCUUACUUCUUAGGUCUUCCAGCCCUUAAGCUUUGGUUAUAUUAAUCAGACUCAGUUACUAGCAGUGAUGUACAUUAGUUUUCAUGAUGUUUGAUAGUAAAACAUUGUAUGUAUUAAUCUUUCUUUUUCAAUCUUAAAGCACAAGCUUCAAGAAUGUCCUUGAACCAGCUUCUUUAAAAAUUAUCAGUUUUUUUGAAAUAGUCAUUAUGUUGUUCUUUGUCCUCCAUUCCUUAAGAAUGACAUUGAUAGAAUUUUCAUUUAUGAAAUUGUUGGUCUCUUUCAGAUUUUGCAAGAACGAGGUUCCAGGAUGUGAAGACAGUAUUGAACAGUGAAGAUUUUUUCUCUUUUAUUCCAAGAUGCAGUGAAUUGUCACAUUGAAGAGGCUUGGCUGCAAAAGAAAAAAUCUGAUUUAGAC